AUGAUUGAGAAAAAAUUGAUUUAUAGAAACUUCUUAUGUAGAAAUUGGAGGAUUGGCAAUUAAAUUUGUUGUUUCUACAUUGUUAUUACUCUAUUGUGUGCCAUCAUAUUUAUAUUUAGCAACUUAAUUUAUUUGUACAUCGUUACAGAAGAAUUAAUGACAAUUACGUAAGAAAUAUUUCAAAAAGAAACUUACAAUCAUUUGAAUAUGCUAAGUUACUUAGAAAAAUUUUCAACUUUAGACGUGUUUGAAGAUAGUACAAGACAGCUUUUAUCAAUUAAUUAAAUGUAUAAGAUGAUAAAUAAAGAUUUCCUUAUUGAGAAGCCAUAUGAUUGUUUAAAUAAUUAGUAAUACAAUGAUUCAUACGCGUAUUUUUUUUCUUUUUGCUAUGCUUUUUGUAAUAUGACAAAUGGGUUAAAUAUUAGUAAAUAUGAGAAUAUAUUAAAAUUAACUUCCCUAUUAACUGAAACUCUAAGAAUUUAUGAUCUUUAAUUAAUAACACUUAUAGCCCAUGUAGGAGAUGAACAGUUCUUUACUUAAAAUAGAGGAUACGCACUCUAAAAUUAUUACCCACAUACUAGGUAAUGGUAUAGAGAUCAUAUGGCUAAAAUGGGAACAGGUAAAUAGGUAAUAGUUAGUGAUCCUUAUGUUUCAUGGAUUGAUGUAGUUUUCAUUUCAUAAACUACAAAUUUGACUCAUACUCAAUUUGAAGGGUUGAUUGGACAGGACUUAGAUUUUACAAGAAUGCCCAAGAUUUAAACCAAUACAUCAUAGUAUUAUAUAGUGGAUAACAGAGGUAACAUUGUCAUUAGUGAUCUUUAUGCUAAUGGCGUUAAGGUUUUAAUAAAAAUGUACAAUUAAAGUUUAACAGGCUUUAAUGAAACUGAUUGGAAUAAUCUAAUUUAAAAAGAUUAAAAUAUUUUUUAUAUAUACAACAGUGUUUAUUAGAAAAAUAUUAUAGUCUUAAGAACUGAACUGAGUGAAUUAAAUUAUUUCUUAUUUGUAGUUUAUGAUGGAAGUUAAUAUUUAAGUUAGCAACAAGAAAUUUACACUAAAUAGAUUGGUUUUCAAAAUGAUUCAAUCAAUUUGUGUGUAAAAUUAUUUGGAACCUUUUUCAUAUUCUCUUUGUUAUUUUAAAUACUUGUGAUUAGUUAUUUAAUGAAAGAUUUAAAGUAAUUGGAAAUUAUGGCUACUAAGAAAAUAGUCUAUUUCUGUAAGAGCACUGUUUAGUUCAAUGAAAAAAAAUUUACUUCUUCAAUAGCUCGUUUAUAUUAUGCAUAUACUAAUUUGAUAAACAAUUUUGAUUCACAUGGAUAAAUAAGGAAGAAUGAAUUAUGUUCAAAUAUUCAAUCCAUAGAAUUUCCUCAAAAGUAUAGAAAUUUGAAAUCUAUGAUUUCCUCUGAUAUGAUUCCAAAAAAAAAAAAUUAUAAUUAAACUUAAUUACUCAAAUACUUUAUGUAUUUUAAAACAAAAAAAAUUUUUGAUUAUUGA